CAAAGCCUUGAGGCCAUCGAACAGGCAUGCAAAGACCUCGAUGCCCGAUGGAAACGAUAUUGGGAGCAGGCCACAACCGCGCGUAAAGAAAACCCGUUGAAUGCGUUCGCAACCGAAUACGUGGCUGGGUAUGAAGAAGGUGAUAAGUGGCAGGAUGAAGUUGGGGAAUGCAGAGCCCGUGGUGGUUGCUGCAGUCGUCGCUGUCAGUGCUGCAAACUGGGACGACGAAAAGGACUUGCUCAUGCUACUGGUAAUCCAGAUAAAGAGGUCCGGAUGCAUUGCAGUGUGGAGUGUGGAUGCUGCAUUCGCUGGAAAGGGUUUUAUGAACCUCACGAAAAGGAAAGAAGAGACCGGGAGUGGGAGAAGAAUAUGAUUCUCGUGUAGUUUGAAGACUUGCUGUAUGCAGUUGAGAGACUUGCUAUCGUGAAAACUCCUAGU